AUUCGAAGAAUUUUCAAUAUCCGAUUUAUUUGGGGAAUUUUCCAUAUUCUGUAAGCAACGAUACAGUUGAUGUAAUUUUAUUGCUACGGGUAAGUUACUGAAAGCAUGGAAACAUAACCUAGCAAAUACUGAGAAUAAUCAAACGAAUCGUAUUUCUAAUCUUAUGAGAGCACGAUGGAAAUAGAAGCUGGCACUUCGAAGGAACAAGAUGCAACUAACACGGACACGAAUCCCUUCGAAAUAAUCGAACAAAAAAUACUCGCAUUAGCGCAAGCAAGACCAAAGGGAAUAACUGACAAAGACUUAAUCAUCGAAAUGCCAGAAUUGCCAGUUAAAGAAAGAGCUCAAAUUAUAAAUAAACUUUUAUCUCAAGGUCAUUUUGAUUUAUUCAAGCAGAGCGGCUCCUUGUUGUAUCGUUUGAAAGAUCCUUCCAAGGCGAAGAUAGCUAAGGGUGCAGACAACGAGGAGAAGAUCGUGUAUUCCAUCAUUGAAGAAGCAGGGAAUAAGGGAAUAUGGAUUCGCGACAUAAGAUUCAAGUCUAAUUUAAUGCCCACCCAGUUGAGUAAAAUUUUGAAAAGCCUGGAGAUCAAGAAAUUUAUCAAAGCUGUUAAAUCUGUUGCGGCGAGUAAGAAAAAGGUGUACAUGUUGUACAAUUUGGAGCCAGACACAUCCGUAACUGGCGGCGCUUGGUAUCAGGAUCAAGAUUUUGAGGCAGAAUUUGUUGACGUUCUCAAUCAGCAAUGUUACAGGUUCUUGGAAAAAAAACGAGAGCAAAUGAAUUCUUGUAGGGGCGGGCCGAUCAUGGCCAGAAACGUUACAUUUGCCUCAUCUAAAGAAGUAUGGAAAUUUAUCUCUGAUCUAGGAAUAAGUAAGGUGAAGCUAUCCGUUGAAGAUCUAGAGAUGAUAUUAAACACCUUAGUUUACGAUGGAAAAGUAGAACGUACUCUUUCAAGUGAUGGAAGCAUUUUGUACAGAGCAAUAGAACCUCUGCUAGAUUCACCUGGAUUAAUUAAAUCUACUUGUGGUGUCUGUCCUGUAAGAAAACAUUGCCAUGAUAUUGGUGAUGUUACACCUACAAAGUGCCAAUACAUUAGAGAAUGGCUGGAAUAAUGUUUUGCAAUAGAAACAUGAAUUAGUUGUUUAUUUGUGUAUACUUUACACAUACAGUUACAUAA